AUGCCUUCUGCAUACCAGGGAAGUUCAAUGUCAGCUACUUCUGUCAGUUUACAAGAGACAAAUGUCGUUGGUUCACCUAUAGUGGCGACGCAAGAAGCUAAUGAUAACAAUCAGGAGGAAGAGCCAUCUUUGAUGCAUAAUAGGGACAGUAAGAAGGAGAAGAAUGCACAUCUAAAUACACAUGACAAGAAAGCUAGAAACAAUAAAACUAGACCUGCUGAUAGAGAACUUCGAGAUUUAUUAGAUGAUGUUACCAAAUAUCAUCCUCAAUAUGACUACUCCUUACCUCGAACUUUCUUGAGAAGUUCAACAAAAGAUCAUAAAGUACGAGGGAAGGAACAUGGAGUAGAUCAACUUGGAGAGAAGGAAACAGAAGGAAAGAGUCCAAUGAACCAAAAAAAUUCAUCUUUACAAAGAUUGAAAAAGCAAAGGGCAUUGAACAAAGCAAAGAAAUUGGAUACUACGGGACAAAAUAUCGUUAAAGAAACGUUCCUGGCAGAAAAUAAAGUAAAUAGUACUCACAACAAAUUCUCUUCUUCCAAGAGAAAGAAACUAGUGAAAGAGAAAGAUCUAGUUUCAGUAAAAACUAAAAAAAUAAAGAAAAGAAAACCGUCACCUACACCAGAAGCAGCUCUUGAUUCAAAUUCAUCAACCCCAUCUUUGUCAAAGGAAAAUUCAAUUAUGUCUUUAACGAGACAUUCAGAAUCAAUGCCAACGCCGAACGAGGGAUUACUUCUCCCUCCAGAUUACAACAACAAUGACGAUGAACACGAUAAAAAUAACUUAUUUAAAGAAGUAGCGACGGAUAGAAAAGAGCAUAUAAAAGAGGAUUUCUCAUCAACGACGUUUGUAGAUUGGAGUAAACCUACUUUAAAACUUCAAUAUCCGAUAUUUAACAUAGAAGAGCUGUCCCAAUCAAACUUUUAUUUCGACGAGUUACCAAUACAAUCAACAACGUUAACAAAGAAUGUAUAUGCUCAUGAUCCAGAAAACUGUAAGUUGGUAAAAUUACAAAAUCCAUUAUUUGCAAAUUAUCAAGAGGAAUAUCAUAUUGAUUUUAACAAAGAUUUUGAAAAAUAUAAUCCAAUGAGCGAAAUUGGUAAAAUUAUUGAAUAUACAACUUAUAUAUACUUACCAGAACCAUUUUCUGAUCAAAUCAAAAUUGAUAUAAUACCAAGGUUGAAUGAUGCAUUUGAUAAUUCAGAAAUUAAAAACUUUAUCAGUGCAAUAGAGGAUUAUAAUUCCUCAAUAAAACGUAUCCCAAGGUACAAAAUAAUAGAGCAUCUAGCUACAAUAAAAGAAGUACCAAUAUCUUUCAUUCAUGAUUUUUUGCAUAUAGUUUAUACAAGAGCCAUCCAUCCAAAUGUUAAUAAACUGAAAGGUUAUAAAGCAUUUAGUAAUUUUGUUUAUGGCGAAUUAUUACCAAGUUUUUUAUCUGAAUUAUUUGGAAAAUGUGACUUAAACUCAACAAAAACGUUUAUGGAUUUGGGUUCUGGUGUCGGAAAUUGUGUCAUUCAAGCAUCACUAGAAUACGGCUGUGAAAAAAGUUUUGGUUGUGAAAUUAUGCCUCAAGUUUGCCAUCUGACUGAAUUGCAACAAGUUGAGUUACAAAGAAGAUCUAAAUUGUUCGGGUUUACACCUUCAGAUAUUGAGUUUUCUUUGCGGAAAAGUUUUGUUAAUAAUACAAGAGUUGAUCAAUUAAUUCCAAAAUGUGACGUAUUAUUAAUCAAUAAUUUCUUAUUUGAUAGUGCACUGAAUAAAGAAGUCGAAAAGAUUAUCCAAAAUUGUAAACCUGGUUGUAAGAUUGUAACUUUGAAGAACUUACGAAGUUUUGGUUAUACAAUCGAUUUCUUCAACAUAGAAAACAUCUUAAAUAGAUUAAAGGUGGAAAGAAUAGACUUGAAAGAGGAUAGUGUCUCUUGGACUCAUAAUGGAGGGGAAUAUUUCAUAGCCACAGUAUUGGAAAAUAUAGAUGAAUCUUUGUUUGAACCAGAGGUAAGGAGUAGAGCCACUAGAAGACCGACAAAAUAUAGCAGGUAA